AUGGCACCUAAAAAGGAUAAGAAGAAAGGAAAAGAUGAAGAAGCUCCUAAAGGCGUAUUUUCCGAAGUUGAACGAGCAUUCUAUGAUCUACAGUUAGCGGAUUGUAAUCGAAAAUUAGCUCGUCUCAGGCAAGCCGUCGAUGAAUAUGAAAUCCGUAAUGAGGAAUUGCAAAAGGCAUACGAUAAGCUUGACGAAGAUAGAGCCGAUAUCAUCGCAUACUUGAAGAAAACUCUCAAUGUUAAAAAUGAAGAAAACACUGAGCUCAAAGAAAAAGUCAGAGGUUUAGAGGAAUUAAGGGAAAUAGAAACAACACAAUUCAAACAGACUGUCACUGAAUUGGAAAAGAACUUUACUACCAUGAAAGAUCAACUAACUUCAGAAAAUAAACUGUUGGCUGGGAAGCUCAAUACGCUCGAGGAGUUCAGGGCUAUCAGGGAUGAUUUGAUGAAGAAGUUUGAAAAACAAGAGCAAUCCUUUGAAGAUCAAGAAAUGAAAUACAAACGAAUGUUAUAUGACGCUGAAAAGAAGUUUGUAAUAGGAAAAGAUAAAUUAAAGAGAGAAAUGGAAGAGAGACUUCUGCAACUAGCACAAGAAUUCCAAGAUGCUAGUGAAAUGCGAAUUGCUGCCUCUACGCAUAGAGUAAUCAGAGAAAAUAUUGCUUUAAAUAAUCAAUUAGAUAGUUUACUAAUGACACAGGCAAAAGUCGCCGAGCAAAAUGAGAAAUUCCGAGAGGAUGAAAGGGCAUCUCGGUGCGCUAAAGAAGUGGCUGAAGAACAAAGAGAUAAAGCAAUCAACAAGAGCAUUAUCCAACUCAAAGUAAUUGAUCAAUUGACAUCAGCGUUCCAAGAUGUGAAGAAACAAAAAGCUAUAUACGACAAGAAGCAGUUUGAUAAUGAAAAACUACAAAUGCGAGUGCAACGAUUGACUAAAGACAAUGAAAGUCUCUUACUACAAGUCCGAAUACUUGAGCAGAAUCUGCAUGCAAGCCUUGGCGAACAAAAUAAAUCCGUGGUAGAAACAGCAAAAUUAUUAAGGGAGCGUGAAAAGUAUAAGAAGAUAUUAAAGGAAUCAGCAUUUGCCGUCCAAGCAUCGCUAAAGUUGGACAACUGGUCGAGUUUAGAUCCCUCUCGUGAAAUAAUAGAUAGGCAAGUAGUACUAAAGAGGAUACUUGCCGUCAUAAACCAAUAUCGUGAUGCUGCACGAGCUGAAUCUAUGGAGUCGCUUGUCUCCCUUAGUAAAAUUUAUGAUAAGGGAGAUCUUGGAUUUGAAGUCAAGCCGUCCCAGAAAGCUCCUGGUCCCAGAAGAUCAUUUGUCAGCGCUGGUGCCAUUGGUGCGCAAUCAUCUUUAGAAUCGUUUGAAGACAAACGUAGCUCCAUAGCGGGCUCAAUAUCUUCAUCAUCCUCUUUCGGAAGCUUGAAGACAAUUCCCAGUGUUGAGCUUGUGCCCCCAGACGAUGACCAAGUGCCAACACCUAAAGAAAGCUUGCCAUCAUUCACUGUGACGUCAUUACAUGAAAGUGGCAGCGAAAGUGAAGUAGAGGCCGAAGAAACUUUAGAAGAUAUGAAUGACUUGGAAAAGAUGCUGGCUAUCAGUAAGGUUGAGAUGCAGAAAUCUUUGAUGGCUGAUUUGGCAUCUCACAUGUCUAUGAUGAAAAUGGAUCAUAAAACGGGGGAUACUUCUCAGCCAGCCUUAGCUGAGGAAGACGAGGAAGGAGCUGCUGAUGAUAGUAAGGUUAAGGAAGGAGCAGAACCAGGAGAUGAGGAAACAGAACCUGUGAAAGAUACUGCUGGAGGUGAGCAGGAUACAGGUGCGGAUCAGGGUGGUGAAGAUGACGAGGAAAAGAAAACGAAAGAAGAGAGUGCGGAAUGA